CCAUAUGCGCCCCCCCCCUUUGCAAAAUCCUGGACCCGCCCCUGCUGGUAUUUCAUGUACAAUACCAAAAAAGAAGCGAUUGCAAGAUAUCCCAAUAGGAGUACGCUGUGAGUAGCGACAUCGGACCACAAGAACGCACAAAACAUUCGUCGCUAAUGUGUAAGUGACUGACGACCAGGUUUACCACCUACUGGAGCAGCUUGAAAAAAGGCGACCUCAUACGUGUUGUACGUCAUAUUUCGUAGGAUUUUCGUAGGACUUGACGUAUCACAAAGGUCACUUAAAGUCCGUGGAAGACUGCAGUAGGACAGACAAACUUUUUGUGUCGGAACCAAGUUUUGACUCUGUGCUGAGUGAUAUUCUAGAAAACUACCGGUACAGCUUACAACAUGGAUUAUUUCUUCGUAACUUGCGUAUUCCCUGACCCUGUCGACCAUACGUCUGUCGCCGUCAUCUAUAUCCUCCAUGUUGCUCGCUGCUGCAUCUCUGCCAUAGGCAUGUUGGCAAACUUGCUCAUCUUGUUCAUGGUUACACGGUACCCCACCAUGAGGACCGCGUGCAACAUCUAUAUAGCUAACCUGGCAGCAACCGACUUCGCUUUCUGCCUCGUAGUCCUAAUCCAGUCCGUUUUUCCAAUCUUACAACCAUCGCACUACGAGCGAAGUUGCGAUGUCUCCCGCGUGAUCUUGAUCUUCCUGGCAUCAGCAAGCAUCCUCCUGUUGACAGUCAUAGCUGUGGAGCGGCACAGGGCGAUAACAAACCCGCUGGGUAGCCUUCAACAUGGAACGGUGAAACACGCGGGAAAGAUCUGUGCUGUGGUGUGGAUAGUGGCCGCCCUGCCUGCAGUUAUAGACACUAUCGCUAGGAACGUUAUUGCGAACGACUGGAAGUUUACAGGCGCUACUCUGCACUCUUCCUCGUGUAUCCUUCUGAAUCCUGCCCAUGGUUCCUUCUUUGUCAUGACACUCUUGUUCUUUUUAUUCAUCUAUGUUUUGCCCAGCUGUAUAAUAAUUCCACUGUACGUCCGCAUAUUAGUCAAAGUAAGGCAGUCUCGCCGUUUGGUGGUGAGGGAGACCAGGUCAGAUCACCAGGCGUUCCUCAUGUUGUUUGUUGUGACAGUCUUUUUUCUUGUCACCUGGCUUCCUUUACACGUCGUUUCUUUACUUAUUCAUAUUCAUCGGCUUGAAUAUGUUAACGAUGACAACUGGGUGAUUAUAAUCAACGUCUCAUUUUUCUUCGCCGUGUUCAACUCGGUGGCGAACCCGUUUCUCUACGCUCUACUCGGGAAAACUGACUUUCGCAAACAGCUAAAGAAAAUGUUUUGCUGUAAAAUGAACACGUACGAGGCUACUGAUAUCACGAUGCACACCAUAAGAACAAUAGACAUUGCUGAAGGACAGGCCCAGGCUACAGGCGGGACAAGGCAGACUCAGGCUACGUACGGGCGAGGCAGGAUAUGUCCACGAUACAGACGGGACAGGACAGGCCCAGGCUACAGGCGGGACAGGCGGAAUAGGAGAGGUCCAUGCUACAGGCCCAGGCUACAGGCGGGACAAGGCAGACUCAGGCUACGUACGGGCGAGGCAGGAUAUGUCCACGGUACAGACGGGACAGGACAGGCCCAGGCUACAGGCGGGACAGGCGGAAUAGGAGAGGUCCAUGCUACAGGUGGGACAGGACAGGCUCAGGCUAAAGGCGGGACAUCGACAGAAGAUGUCAUUGAUACAGACGGGACAGGACAGGUUCAGGCUACAGGCGAGACAGGACAGGCCAAGGCUACAGACGGGACAGGACAGACCCAAGCUACAGGUGGGACAGGACAGGCCCAGGCUUCAUGCGAGACAGGACAGGUAAAGGCUACAGGUGGCACAGAACAGGCCCAGGCGACAGGUCGAGCAGGACAGACCCAGGCUACAAGUGGGACAGGACAGGCCCAGGCUACAGAUGGGACAAGGCAGACCCAGGCUACAGACGAGACAGGAGAGGUCCAUGCUACAAACGGGACAGGACAGACCCAGGCUACAGGCGGGACAGGACAGACCCAGGCUACAGGCGGGACAAGGCAGACCCAGGCUACAGGAAGGACAGGAGAUGUCCAUGACACAGACGGGACAGGACAUGCCCAGGCUAUAGGCGGGACAGGACAGGCCCAGGCUACAGUCGAGACAUCAGCUGCCAAGGCUACGGGUGGUAUUGGGACAGGAUACACGUUUGCUAUAGAAGAGAAAGCGCACAGUUUAACCCUCAAGCACCCGACCUUUUUUGCGACUAAAAUGACCGAGUGGGGUUCAAACGGACCCCAAAAUGUUCUGUUCAUAAAAUCUUAAUUCCAAUUCCUAUCUUUGAUCAUUGUACAUGUUUUGCUUCGUCAAUGUAAGAGGAAUAUUAUGAGAUGUUAAGGUUUUGCUAAUUCCAGCUUAUCAUCAUAAUUUAUGCAAAAAAUCAGAAGGACCAGUUUUGCACUAAACCUAUCCUGACCAGUGAGGGGAAUUUUGAGGCCCUCAGCAACUUUUUUGGCGCAUAACUCAUG